AUGCCCCCUGCCGGGCCACGCUGCCUGCUACUGCUGCUACUGCUGCUGGCUUGCCAGUUACAGACCCCUUCUGCCCAGGUGAUGGAUUUCUUGUUUGAGAAGUGGAAGCUCUAUGGUGACCAAUGUCACCACAACCUCAGCCUGCUGCCCCCACCCACGGAGCUGGUCUGUAACAGAACCUUUGACAAGUAUUCUUGCUGGCCUGACACCCCUCCCAACACCACAGCCAACAUCUCCUGCCCCUGGUACCUGCCUUGGUAUCACAAAGUGCAGCACCGCCUGGUGUUCAAGAGGUGUGGACCCGACGGGCAGUGGGAGCGCGGGCCCCGGGGGCAGCCAUGGCGCAAUGCCUCCCAGUGUCAGAUGGACAACGAGGAGAUCGAAGUCCAGAAGGAAGUGGCCAAGAUGUACAGCAGCUUCCAGGUGAUGUACACGACGGGCUACAGCCUGUCACUGGGGGCCCUGCUCCUUGCGUUGGCCAUCCUGCUGGGCCUCAGCAAGCUGCACUGCACCCGCAACUACAUCCACGGGAACCUGUUUGCAUCCUUCGUGCUCAAGGCUGGCUCCGUGCUGGUCAUUGACCAGCUGCUCAAGACUCGCUAUAGCCAGAAGAUUGGUGAUGACCUCAGGGUCAGCGUGUGGCUCAGUGAUGGGGCGGUGACCGGAUGCCGUGUGGCUGCUGUGGUCAUGCAGUAUGGCAUCGUGGCCAACUACUGCUGGCUGCUGGUGGAGGGCGUGUACCUGCACAACCUGCUGAGCCUUGCCACCUUCCCAGAGAGGAGCUUCUUUGCCCUAUAUCUGGGCAUUGGCUGGGGUGCACCCCUGCUGUUUGUCAUCCCCUGGGCCACGGUCAAGUGUCUGUUUGAGAACGUUCAGUGCUGGACCAGCAAUGACAACAUGGGCUUCUGGUGGAUUUUGCGCAUCCCUGUCUUCCUGGCCAUCCUGAUCAACUUCUGUAUCUUUGUCCGAAUCAUUCUCCUUCUUGUGGUCAAGCUGCGAGCCCGCCAGAUGCACUAUGCUGACUACAAGUUCCGGCUGGCCAAGUCUACGCUCACCCUCAUCCCCUUGCUGGGGGUCCACGAGGUGGUCUUUGCCUUCGUGACUGACGAACAGGCCCAGGGAACCCUGCGCUCCACCAAGCUCUUCUUCGACCUAUUCCUCAGCUCCUUCCAGGGCCUGCUGGUGGCUGUUCUCUACUGUUUCCUCAACAAGGAGGUACAGGCAGAGCUGCUGCGGCGCUGGCGACAUUGGCGAGAAGGCAGAGCACUGUGGGAGGAGCAACUCACUAACAACCACAUGGCCCCGGCAGGGCCUAGUCGUGGUGUCCACUGCCAGAAGCUUCAGCUCAUGAGAAGUGGUAGCAGCCGGGCUGGCCAGGACUCCUCUGUGCAGACUCCCUUGGCCAGUGGCUUCCCAGGGUUGGCUGAGAGCCCGUCCUGAAUCUCCACUGGAACCCAGCUGGGGCUGGAUUCAGAAAGGACGCCACUCGACAGCCUAGAACUGAAUGCCAGGCCAUGGCUGGAGGGGCAGGGCAUCUGGACAGCAGCUCCCACAAUCUACAUCUCCCCUUCUCCACACCUGCCCUGUUCCCCAGGACAGGCUGGAUGGAGGUUGGGGGUCAGGUGUGCUAAGAGAGCUGUGCCAGGGAUGUGGGCCUUUGUCCCCAUGUGUUAGUGCAUCCCAUGUACACACGUGUGUCCUCCAAUAAAGAGCUUAAGCAGUGGCCACCUUACACAUCCUGGAGAGCUGGGCUGUAACUACCUUGCGUACAGCAGUGGGGGCAGGCUGGGCAGGGCUCAAGGAGCAGGAGCUGCAUGAAUGGGCCACAGGCUGUUCACUCCCUCAAGGGGCCCUCCAACUAACCCUGUUCCGCAGAUUGCUGAAGUGCCCCAAGAGUGCCAACAGUACUGUCCCUUCCUGAGCAAGUUCUGACCACCCUCCCAUCCUGGCUCAGGGCAGUGGUCCCCAGGGGACCCCAGUCCCCCAAAUGUCCCUAUCUGUCAGCAGAGGGACAUGGAGGGGGACUGGUGGCAGAGGGAGGCUACUGCAUAGCAACCCUCCUGCUACCCCGUGUGAGCAGCACAUUUACCCAGAGGGUGUGGUCCAGAAGCACCCCUCUUGAAGGGCAGCAUAGCACUGGCACUGGACUCUGAGCUUGCUUUCUGCUGGCCUGGCCUCUGCUUCACAUCAGCUUUACUUGGAAAUUCAUAGGCCACACAGCAGAUUGAAGUAGGGGGAAAUGGACCCCAAAAUUGCUGUGGGUGCAGAUGAAGAUGCAGUGCAGAGUUUGCUCUGCCUCUGUACUUAGCUCUGAGGCCGUGCCUACUCCAGCCCUUGCUAUGUCCUGUAGGUAGACGGGCACCUUGCUUGCCAGGCUGGGAGGUCAACACAGGCCCAGAAGAGAUGCCCCCUCAAGUGCUUGACACAGGAAGAGACAGGACGCAUCCUGGGUGCCUGGUUCUCUGGGAUGCACCCUGAGUCUGUGAGGC